AUGAACUUAGUCGUCACCACAUUGCUUGCGAUUGCCGCAGCUGUAAGCGCGUUUCCCGAUCUGGGAUCGCCCAACCUUCAAGCCAAUGCCGGAAUGAUGGAAGGAAUGCCAGGUGUAGUGCGUGAACAUCUCAUGAUGGGACCAGGACCAGUAGUAGUCAAAACUGAAAGGUUUUCAGGUGGCAUGGAAGGAGUAGGGCCAAUGACUGUCUCCGGAGGGGCCGCAUGGAGUAGUUCUUCUGGACCAGUGGUAGUCAAAAGUCAAAGUAGCGUGCAAGAAAUGGGACCAAUGACAGUUUCCGGAGGGGCCACUUGGAGUGGUUCAUCUGAACAUUGGAGUGGUUCAACUGAACAUCUCAAUCUAGGACCUGGACCAGUAGUAGUCAAAAGUCAAGGCAUGCAAGGAGUAGGACCAUUGACAUUCUCCGGAGGGGCGGCAUGGGGUAGUUCAUCCGAACAUUUCGAACAAGGACUUGGAUCAGUAGGAGUCCAGAGUCAAGGUGGAAUGCAAGGAGCAGGAUCAGCAGCAGGAGGAGCAAUCUCUGGAGGAGCCACAUGGAGCGGUUCAUCUCAACAGAUCAAUGAAGGACCUGGACCAGUAGUAUCCGAAGGUCAAGGUGUGUCAGUCUAUUUGAAUAGACGAUUCUAA